GUAACAAGAAGAUGAAAGUGAAUCACAACAGUACUGUCCCCGUUCGAGAUUUUAAUGACAACUGGAUGCUCAGAGUUGUAGAGCCUGUGGAAAAAGUGACGGUAGAGUAUGAGGCUUUGGACUCGUGUGUUAAAGAUUUGGUAGAAUAUCAACCUAUUGAUAUUAUCGAUUUUGAACCUGAUGAUAAGGAGACAAGAAGAAAAUGGAUUACAAACUUAUCAUUAUCAAAUUCUGUUGCAUUAUUUCCAUUCCAAUUUGGAAACUAUCUUGGAAACAUGAAUGUUUUGUGGAAAAUUCCUGGGUCAAGUGAAAGGGAUACAGUAAAACAAGUACAAAUUAUCAACAAAGUAAAAAAGAACAUAAUGAAGUUUUCAACAAGAAAGAUGCAGAAGGAAUUUAUAGAUCGAUAUAAAACCUGUACUGGCCUGCAACCAGUAAUUUUAAGGAACAUGUAUUUAUAUCUUACAGAGUUUGAAUAUCAGGCAAAUUCUGCAAAUGCUGCAGAGAUUGAUGAACGGUUUAUGAAGUUUUUGUUGGAAAGUGAAGAUUGUGACUUGAUUUUUGAUUUGCGAAAAAAUAAUUGUCGACCUACAGAAGAGAAGUUUAAGCCAUUCUGGAAAGAAUUGAGUAAAUUUUUUGAUGAAAAGGCUGCUGUUCAUGAAAGGCGAUCAAAUGACAAACUUUACUUACCAUUUGCCAUUUCAGUGGAAGAUCUCAGACGCCAAAUACUUGAUAGACUGCCAGAGGGUUCAGAGGCUCUAUCUGUGUCUUGGCUAAAACUGAACUUUAGUCCCGCAAAUGUGUACAACACAACUGCUAAAAAUUACACUGGACAAUACAACGUACGGUUUGCAGUACAGCAAAGAUUAGUCCGAGUUCAGCAUCUUGACUCUCAUUAUUGCGCUGUGUUAUUUUUAAUGCUGAAGGAAUUUGCAUGUCAGAUGCGAGAGUAUUCAACUUUUCAAUGCAUGGAUGAUAAGGCUAUUGUACCUUUGGGUGAACCUGGUCAUCCAGUUUCAACUGGAGUACGUGCCCACCAUGGAGGCCUGAUAGGAGGGUGCAUGAAGGUGGUAGCUUUGGACUUUCAUGUUGGUGGGAUCAUUCCAUCUGUCUGUUUCAUGAAUGAUAUACCGGAAAACCCAAAAGACUCGUUUUAUAACGGACAUCUUUAUGUUACUGUUAAAGACAAGGUUUUCCAAGCCCCAUCUCCACUGCGACAUUCAACUGAAAGCGUGUCUUUGAUGCGACAGUGCUACUCAGAUGAUGAUGUGAAUCUUCGAACUCCGGUGCUCAUCCGUUACACUGAUGGUGGACCAGACCACAGGACAACAUACAAAAGUGUGAAAAUUUGUACUCUAAUGGAGUUCAUUGCUCUUGACUUGGACAUGAUAGUGUGUGCACGAACGGUCCCAUGUGGCAGCUAUGCAAACCCAGCAGAAAGAACAAUGAGUCUCCUUAAUUUAGCUUUACAGAACGUAGCAUUGGAGCGAACUGCAAUGUCUCCAAAUUGCGAAAUGCAAAUUAAGUCAGUAAAUUCACUCAAAAGUCUACGAAACUUGGCAAGUAAAAAUCAGAGAAUUAAAGAAGAGUACACACAAGCAGUUGGUGUAACACUGAACAUUUUGAAAGAAAGAUUUAAACGUCUAAGUUGGAAAGGAGAAAGUGUAUGUGUGCAAGAGGCAGCUAGUCAAGAAGAGAUGAAUGCUUUGGUGGAGAUACUGAAAGUGCUGGAUGAGAAUAUUCAGUCAGACUCAAAUUUGUCAAAUCUACAAUCUAAAGCAGUUGAUGCUUUCCUUGAGUCCCAUUCCAGAAGUCGUCAAUAUAUAUUUCAGAUCAAGAAGUGUUUGGCAGACAACUGUGGGUAUUGUGUACUUAAUCCUCCCCGGCUUCCAGAUGAAGUAUUCCAGGGCUUGCAUUUUGUGCCAGAUCCAACAAAGGAUGAAAACGGGCAGUACAAAGGGUUUAAGGAUCUGUAUGGGACAGAAACUAAUGAUAUGGACAGGCCAAGUCUGAAAGGGAAAUCUGGAGAAUCAUCAGAAAGAGACAAGAAAUUCAAAGCUGUAUUGGUAGGAAGUAAGUACACAUAAUUACAUGUAGCUUUUUAUAUAUUAUUAAAAUAUAUAUUGCAGUAACAACUCUUGUAACUUCUUGCAGCAAAAGUAAGGGAUUUGUGAUCUGCACUGAGUGUGGGAAGAGAAGGGUCAUUUAUGCAAGCAGAAAAUUGAACAGAAUGGAGGAAAGAGCGGUGGAACGGGUUCAAGAAGAAUUACUUUAUAUAUGUGGCAGUCCUUUAUUUCCUGGAGGCCAGUAUCAGGACAUCAUUCUGUGCAGACAGAACAUCGAUUGUUCAUCUCCAAUUGAGACACAGUAUUACGCAGGAGCAACACAGAUUUUUGAUGCUGUUUGCUUUCACUGUGGAGACUCGGAUGUUUCUAACUCUGAGGAAUUUAGGCGAUUGCAAGAAGAUUUCGCCAUUGUCCGGCCAAUAUGCCAAGCAUGUCUUCACGCAGGAAAACAAAUUUCUACCCGGAAUGCAAAAAAACGCAGAAAAUGAUUUAUACUCAUACACUGAAUCCAAUUAAAUGAUAAACAAAAUUUUACUGUGUGAUUGAUUUUCAUUUUUAUCAUUUUAUUAAAAAAAAAACAAAAAAAACUCUUUUUGUGAAUUUUAUUAUUUUUAUUGUCUCGACUCAACAUAUAUUUAGAUUUUUUUUAAAAUUUUAUUUCAAAUGUCAAAGUAUAUGCAUAGAUAUUUGGGGGUCAACUUUUCAUUUCUUAAGUUAUAUGAGUGUGCUUUAUAUCAUCGUUUUCGUCUUAAAAAGACGAGAAAGAAUAUGUAAUUAAAAUAAAUGUAGGAUGAAAAAUGAAAAUUUUAUGCCCUAAACCUUUUACAAUUUGGACUUAGUCAUUUUACAGCGAGUGAUAAAAAAUGCUUUUUGGGGCUGAUUUCCUUAUUUAUUAUCACACCUUAAUGUUUCUUAUAUCAUUUUUUUCGUCUCAAUGAGGCGAACCAGGUGAUACCAAGUUCUUAUUUCUAGCAUGAUAAAUAAAACUAUGAGCCCCCAAAAACAUUUUCAGUCAUUCGUCGGAAAAAGUCUAAGUCCCAAAUCAGGUUAUCUGGGGUCAAAU